GGGAAUGGUUCUGCUUCCUCACAUUGAAGUUAUGAAUUUGUGUCAGGAUGGAACGUAUUGUGCUUUGGGGAGCUUUUUUAUGGCACUGUUCAUGCCAAAUACAAGGGCUCCAACAUGUGUUUGUGCUGCAUGGAAACGACUUACACCUGGGUCUAGAGAAACCUGUUGUACUCAACAAAAAAACAGAUUUAUUCUGGAAAUUUAAUACCAUUAACAAUGUAGCUAAAUGUAGUUUUAAUAAUGGUCCAGUUGUGUUUGACAAAUAUGAAGGAAGGGCUGAGUUGCAUGGACAAAAUUACUCUUUGCUACUGAAGAAAGUAAAACACAGCGACAGUGGAAAUUAUAGUGCAAUCGUGGUUGGAGGACAAGACCAAACAGUGGCUGAAUACAAUGUCACAAUCCAAGAUCGAGUGUCUCCAGUUAACCUGGCAGUGAAAUCUGUGUCCAGCAGCUGUGUCCACACCGUGACCUGCAGCACAGUGGACUCACGAAUCCACCGCACUUUUAGAUGUGAUUCCAAAAACUGCUCUCAGGUGGAAGAAAAUAGCUUUAAAGGCACAAACUAUCAUUCCUCUCUCAUUGUCUACAUGCAACAAAACUCCAUCAACUGCAAUCACAGCAACCAUGUGAGCUGGGAACAGAGUAAGAUCACACCUGACUGCAAGACAGUUUCCAACAGAGCCAGCAUAAUUCAGAUUUCAGCUUCACUUGGCCUCGUUUUCUUGUCUGCCUUCAGUGCCUUUUGCAUUGUCACGAAAUGACAUCAAACCAGACAAAUAUUGGAAUCAAACUUUCUCAGGAAUGCCUUGGUGCACGGUGGAUGAGUUCAAGCAGAACGUUUGUGAUGAAUACUGUUCCCAUCUUUCAUACCUGGCAGAGAAAUAUUAUUUUUAUAUUUUGUUACUGAUUAAUAAUUUUUUAAAAAUGUGGUCGCAGUAGCCUUAACUGUACCUACUUUAAGUGUCACAAGAUAUU